AUGAAAACGAAAAGUGCACCGCGAACGAUAGACAAUUUCGUAGUGAACCUCUCUUCCAUCCAAUUUACGAAAGCAGAGCUAGAUUUGCUCAACAAAGGGUUAAAUUUUGCUAUCUCCCCCCAGUGUGCCCGCCUUGCCGAUAUCGUGAGCAAUAUCGAAAGUGCCAUUCAGUUCGAGAAUCACGCGUAUAAAGCAGCCACCCGUCACAGUGUUAAGGAAUGUAUAGUGAGAACGGCGAGCAAAAAGGAGAACAAAAAUCGCGCCAACUUCGAUACGUGGUGCACAAUCCGUCUGUUGAAAUCUCGUGAUGUGAUAUACUCUCGUGCCGAUAAGGGGAACGCGGUAGUGAUUAUGGAUAGAGAAGAUUACGACUCGCGCGUUCGGGACAUGAUCAGUGCCGGUCCAUAUGAAGAGUUUACUUUCAAAAACGAAAAGCCGAAAGAUCCUCUUAACAGAAUGGUUGAGGAAGUGAAUCAUGUUCGGAAGAAGGUAGCUAACUUGAUGGGCGAAGACAGGUUGGAAAGAAAGUUCCAUGUUCCAAACCCGACGGUGGCAUCCUUGUAUUGCCUACCAAAGAUUCAUAAGAAUCCGGUAGGUAUGCGCCCGAUCUCGUCCAACAUCCGUACCCCUACCGAAAAAAUGGCAGCGUGGCUAGUGGAAGAAAUGAGAAAAUACCCUGUAAAGCAUGGAAAAGGUGUUAAAAACUCGGUGGAUUUGGUUGAGCAGCUAGAGGGGUUCAAAUUGCGACGAGGUGAAAUUCUGGUAUCGUUCGAUGUCGCCGCUCUAUUUCCGAGCGUACCAGCCACUGAAGCUCUGCAAAGCCUGCGCCGACACUUGGAACGGUGCCGAGUGCCGCUGAACCACAUCGAGGCUUAUCUCUCUGUUGCUAAGGUCUGUAUGAACCAAAAUUUUUUCAACUUCCGGGGAAAAUACUACAAACAGACCUUCGGCCUGAGCAUGGGUAGUAAGCUCUCACCACUUCUGGCCGAUUUGUUUAUGAGCGAUCUAGAAAAUGAAGCCCAGAAACAGAAGCUUUUUCCCCGAGUGUGGUGGCGCUACGUAGACGAUGUUUUCGCCCCGGUGAAGGAACGAUAUAAGCGUGUAGUCAGUGUGUACCGCACGGUCACCAAGUUCGUCGCUUGGGGCAACCUGCGCGGAGCAUUCAAGUCUUUUCCCUAA